CAACACCAAGCUCUACGCAGGUAACGAGCGUCUCUGUUCUGAUCGGCUCAACAGGUCCUGGAAUCGGUUGUCGUCGUGUAAGAACAAGGGAAAGCUGUCAUGUCUGACCUGCUCAAAUCCCAAAAAAGAGAGAAGAGGACAGGCAAGGUGCCAGCAGAGGGAAACCAUGGAGUCAGAGGCAAAGAAACUACUGGCAGGACAAAAGACUCUAUAAGUACUGUGUCGUACCUAGAUGAACUAGCACACCAUGAUGACAACGCCCGGAUGGUGAUAACAACGGAGAACACCUACCAGAUGGGACCUUACAAACGCAUCCCUGUUCCUGCUGUCACAGACAUACUGAAAGAUGUACUUACCAGUUAUCUUCAAGAGGAGAAAUAUGAAGUAGAAUGGUCUCAAAAAAUGACAAAAACAAUAUGUGAGGUGAUAAGAGCCCGUGUGAAAGACCUCAUGAUUCCCCGAUAUAAGAUUGUCGUCCUGGUCCACAUCGGCCAGCUCACCGGGCAGAGCAUGCAAGUCAGCAGCCGCUGUCUGUGGGAUGCAUCUAAUGACACCUUUGCCUCCUACUCCUUCAAGAACAGAUAUCUGUUUGGUUUGGCAACUGUCUACGCUGUUUACUUUGAGUGA